UGUGGCUUAUUUGUGGUGGAUUUUGGGUGAAGCAGACAUUGACACGGGUCGGGGCUGUGUUGGUGGAUGACACAGCGCCGAGGCAGACCAGGCGCCACUCACAGGAACCACGAAGAGUACUUGCUGGCGGGGAAGCCACCUCAGUCACCCCCGAGACACAGAGGGAGAAGGACGUGCGCUCUUUGACUCCAACCAUGGCGCCUGAUACUAAGAAAACCCGCAGUUCCAAUAAGUCAUCCACGUCACAAUUAACAGUGGAGAAAGCCUUCAUGAAGUACAGACAGUGUGACAGCGCUGGUGUGUGGUGGGCGGUGUUUGGCGUGGUGUGUGUCGUUACCGCAGCCACUCGGUUCUACAAUGUGGGACAGCCGGAGCAUGUCGUGUGGGACGAGACUCACUUUGGGAAAUUUGGCAGCUGGUACAUCAACAGAACCUUCUUUUUCGAUGUCCACCCUCCACUAGGCAAGAUGCUGAUAGGAGCGUUUGGUUACCUGACAGGCUACGAUGGCACCUUCCCCUUCGUCAAGCCAGGUGACUCCUAUGAAGGGGUCUCUUAUAUUGGCAUGCGUGUGUGCUGCACAGCGAUGGGGGCUUGUCUGGUGCCCUUUGCCUUCAUCAUUGUGUGGGAGAUGACGCACUCACUGCCGGCCGCCACCUUCGCUUCCUCCCUCAUACUGUUUGAUAUUGGAUUGCUAACCUUAACCCAGUACAUCCUGCUGGACCCAAUACUUCUGUUCUUCAUUAUGGGGUCUGUUGUUGGAAUGGUCAAGUUUCAUGCACAGAGAAAUAGGGCAUUUUCCGGGUCAUGGUGGGGGUGGCUGGCGUUCACAGGAGUCAUGCUGUCGGGGUCUGUGUCCACCAAGUUUGUGGGUCUGUUUGUGGUGGUGUAUGUCGGUCUGCACACCAUCGCCACACUUUGGGACAUCUAUGGCGACCUCACUAACCCUCUGAGUCUAGUGGCCAAGCAUUUCUUCUCCCGAGCUGUGGGCCUCAUCCUCCUCCCAAUCCUGCUGUACUGUGUCUACUUCUACAUCCACCUCACCAUUCUCUGCAAAAGUGGUAAUGGCGACGGUUUCUAUAGCUCAGCAUUUCAGUCACAGCUUGAAGGAAACUCUCUAUACAACGCCAGCAUGCCACUAGAGCUGGCAUACGGGGCGGAGGUGACCCUGAAGAACGCAAGGACAGGGGGUGGUUACCUACACUCACACAUACACCUCUAUCCUGAAGGUGUGGGAGCCCGCCAGCAGCAGAUCACGACCUACUCUCACAAAGACUUCAAUAAUAGAUGGCUGGUGAAGAAAUGGAAUGAGGAACCUGGUGACUGGGAGGAUGAAUCUGACCCCAUUGAAUUGGUGAAGAAUGGUGACCUGAUAAGAUUGGAGCACGUACCAACUGGCCGAAACCUCCACUCACACAGGGAGGCUGCCCCGGUCACCAAGAGGCAUCACCAAGUUACGGGGUAUGGCGAGAACGGCGAGGGUGACGUGAAUGAUGUGUGGCGUGUGGAGGUGGAGGGCGGGGUGGAGGGGAGUGCGGUGAAGACUGUGGUGGAUCGCUUUCGUCUUGUGCACUACCUGGUGGGGUGUGCGCUCAUGUCACACAACAAACAGCUGCCCAAGUGGGGGUACGAACAGAUGGAGGUGACCUGCAACCCCAACACACACGACCCUAACAACUUCUGGAACAUUGAGGACAACCAGUUCCCUCGCUUACCAAACUCCAGCUUCGAGAUUUACGCACCAAACUUCCUUGAAAAGUUUGUUGAGUCCCAAGUUAUGUUUCAAGGCAAUUCGGGACUCAAGCCCAAGGAGGGAGAGAUCACGUCCCAGCCCUGGCAGUGGCCCAUUAACUUCAAGGGCCAGUGGUUCUCGGCCAUAGAUGGGUUCAAAGUGUACCUCCUGGGCCACCCUCUGAUCUGGUGGGGGAACCUGGUGGUGCUGGCUGCCUUUGUGUUGGUGUACUGCCGCCACGCGUAUGCCAGACAGCGUGGGGUGUUCAUUGAUGCUGAGACGAAAGAGCGCCGUGAGAGGACCCUAGGAGCGUGUGGGUGGCUGGCGCUGGCCUGGGCGCUACAUUACCUCCCAUUCUACGCCAUGGGACGGAUUCUGUACUUCCACCACUACUUCCCAGCUCUCCUCUUCUCCUCCAUGCUGACUGGUGUGAUUCUGGACUACCUGUUUGAGUCCCUGCCUGGCCUGGUGCCGCCCUACCUGGCCACCUCCGUCUACCCAACCCUCACUGGACUCUUCUACUCCUCACUGGCCUACAGCUUCUACCUGUUCUCUCCGCUGGCGUAUGGGAUGCACAACUUGGAGGCAGACUGGGAGAACCACACUAUUCAUAAGAUGCGCUGGCUGGACACAUGGGAAUUCUAGACACAGAGAGAGUGUGCGUGUGUCUGUUUAGAGGAUUCUGUGUGUGUGUGUGUGUGUGUGUGUUAGUGAAAGUUGUGUGCAAGAGAGACAGAGAGAAAUGUUUACUUGAUUUUGAAGGAUUGUUUGUGUGAGAGAGAGAGAGAGAGAGAGAGAGAGAGAGCAAGAGAGAGAGAGUUACCUUUCUCUGUGAUUCUUGUACCAGAGAGACUCCCAAAAAGUAAGUGAGAGAAUUAAUUGCCCUAAAAUAAGUAAAACAAAGAAAUGAAACUCAACAUUCCAAUAAUAUUAAUAAAAAAAGAAAAAAAUAAUAAAAAUAAAUAAAGAUUGUAAUUAGAAUCUUUAUAAUGACAAUUUUUGAAAAGAAUCUCAUUAAUUUAAGUUUUGAUUUUACAUUAAUUUUUGUUUUAUUUGCUUCAGAUCAGAAAAAAAAUGUUAUAUUAAAUUUUGUCUAUUUUUAAGUUAAGUUUUUAAAAAAUAUUCUGAAAUUACUUUAUUCAGAAAAAAUGUUUUGUUUGUGUUAUUAUUAUUAUUAUUAUUAUUAUUAUUAUUAUUAUUAUUGUAACUUCAUAUUAUUGUUAUUAUUAUUCUUUCUUCUUUUCUUCUUUUAUUAUUAUUAUUAUUAUUAUUAUUUCAACUGUUCCCAUUAUUAUUAUUAUUAUUAUUAUUAUUAUUAUUAUUAUUAUUCUCUCUUCUUGUUUUCUUCUAUUUCUUCUUAUUAUUACUCUUAUUGUCUUUGUCUAAGUUAUUAUUGUUUUGUUUGUCUGAAAUGUUUCUAUUCUAAAUUAUUGUUAUUAUUAUUAUUAUUAUUAUUAUUAUUUGUUUGUUCUCAAAUAUUUAGAUUCCUUCCUUCAAUUAAUCUUCUACUUAAACCCUUUCAGAAUGUUGGUUAAUGCAAUGUUGGUUACCAUAGUGUUUGUAGGCCUAGAGAAUGUUUAUGAUAAUGUUUGUAGAAAUUUAUAUAUUUUUCCAUAUCGCUCAUGCUGAUGAUGACAAUAAUGACUUCAAAUGUUUA